AUGGCCUCCAAACGUGCAGCGACCUCAACACUGCCCUGCAUUGCCCGACUCUGCUCAGCGCCGGCGCAAUCGCUAAAAACCACCACAACGCUCGUACGCUCUUAUAGCCCCCAGCGUCAGCGACCGGUACCAACACCACUAUCACAACAAAUACAGCAACUACAGCAACAAAUCCGACUAGCACACACCAUCCCUCGUCCACGAAGCCAGUCCUCGACCUCCUCGACCACAUCCGCCGGCUCCUCCUCCCCCGAACCCUCCUCAGAAGAACAACAAGCCAAGCGCGACAUCUCCCAAGUCCCGCACUACGAGCUCACAUUCACCUGCAUUCCCUGCGACCACCGGUCCAAGCACAAGGUCUCCAAGCAGGGCUACCACCACGGCUCCGUGUUGAUCUCGUGCCCGAACUGCCGCAACCGCCACGUGAUCAGCGACCACCUCAAGAUCUUCGGGGACCGGAAAAUUACGGUCGAGGAUCUGCUGAAAGAAAAGGGCAUGAUGGUCAAGAAGGGGACGCUGGGCGAGGAUGGCGACGUGGAGUUUUGGGAGGAUGGGUCGGUGACUCCGCGGGAACCCGCUCCGGAGCCGGAAAAGCCAAAGGUUGUGGACAACAGUCCGCCCGGGUCGACUUUUAAGAGUGUGAGGCCUGGGGAUAAGAAGGAGAGGUCGGAAGGUUCGGAGAGCAGUUGA